AUAUAUACUUUUGGGUACACUUUGCCACGUCUGCCAUGAGGAGUUCCGCCCUUUGGCGCUCGGUGGGCGCCAUGAGCUGCGGCUCCCUGGCCACCUACUUGGCCAUCCGGCUGUUCGAUAGCCUGGAACCCUCCAUGCUGUCAGGUGGCACACGGGAAGGUAAGGAGCGGGCGCUGGAACCCUUGGCCAGCGGCGCCUGGCUGCACCACUGGGACUUGGACAAGCCGCAGCUGCAAAAGAUGGCAAAUGGCGAGAAGUCCUCCGCCCUGCGACACAUCGUCUUGGUGCGACAUGGCGAGUACACGAGGACCCCCAACGGCAGCCACCUCACGGAACUGGGUCGUCGGCAGGCGGAGCGUACGGGGCAAAGGUUGCGGGAAAUGGACUUGGCCUGGGAGCACGUGGUGGCCUCCACAAUGCCGCGUGCCGAGGAGACGGCGAUGAUCAUCCUGAAGCAGCUGCACCUCGAUCCGCUGAAGAUGAAGCGGUGCACUUUGCUGCCGGAGGGCACUCCGUACCCAGCAGAUCCGCCCUCCAAACGGAGUGACCGCAGCCUGGAUCUGGCCUAUAAGCGGGAUGGUCCCCGGAUCGAGGCCGCCUUCAGGCGCUACUUCUUCAGGGCCAGUCCGGAGCAGGAGCACGACUCGUACCUGCUCAUCGUGGGCCACUCGAAUGUGAUCCGCUACCUGAUCCUGCGGGCCCUGCAGCUUCCUCCGGCCGCCUGGACGCGCCUCAACCUGAACCACGGUUCCAUCACCUGGCUGACUGUGUGGCCCUCGGGCUAUGUGACCUUGCGCUGCUUGGGGGACUCCGGCUUCAUGCCGGUGACCGAGAUCACCCAUCGAAGGCCGUCGCCGGCGAAAGCCGACAGCAGCUAGCUCGUGAUUAAAGCCAUACUCCCGGCUGCGUCUUGGGCACGGACUCGAGGCACUACCUCAUUUUGCAGUACGAGUGGGAACGUGACUUCAUGCACAUUUGGUCGCAACUGGGUGAAAACCACUUUAACUUUGCCCAAAAUCACUUGGCCAACACACUGCCAGCUGCAUCUGCAUCUGCAUCCGCAUGCCAGCACACUCACAUUGACAUCCACAUCCAGUGGCCACAAUGGCAGCGGCUGCCACGCCCAAAGCGGUCAUCCCGCCCACUUUCUGGCCACCCGGUAGUUGGCACAUUUGCGCUACUCUUUCGGGAUUGUCUGUGCUCAUUAGUGCGGCUUUAAUUUUGGUUAUUGCGCCUGUCCCAUGUUGUUCGGUUCGGUUUUGGUUUCUGGUUUCUGGUCUCGGUUUUCGGCCCAGUUCCGCCUGGUUUUGGCCAUCGCCGACGAUGUUGCCUUUGCGUUGCCGUUUGCCGCCGGCGUUUCAUUAAAUUUGCAU